UACAGAUCCAGCACCUUAGACCACGUUAUCUUGAAGAUGAAAGAAGUUGCACAUAUAAAAUCCAAGAUCAAGCAAAUUAAACCCCACGUUACUAAAUCUGAUGUCAAGGCAUCCGAAUUAAGAAAAUUUGGAAAUGUUCAAUACCAAAACAAAAAUUAUAAAGAUGCACUGAAAUUUUAUACACAAGGUCUUAGUUUCGCUAAAAGUGAUGAGGAGGUGUCAUUUGCAUAUGGCAACAGAUCUGCAGCACUUUUUGGUCUGGGUUUAUAUGAAGAAUGUUUACAGGACAUCGAGAGAGCCCUCAAACAUGGUUAUCCUGACAGACUGAGUUCCAAACUCAUCAAGAGAAAGGAGGAUGCGACCAAAGCAUACAGCGGUCCGAAAGAAGUCGUUAAAACAUAUGACAUUCAAGAAUCGGAAAUGAAUCCCUUAAUUCAGUCAGGAAGAAACUGCAUCGAAAUACAAACGAACGAAAAAUACGGCCGUCACAUAGUAGCCUCCAGAGAUAUUGCAAUUGGCGAAGUCCUAGCCGUUGAUAAACCAUAUGCAAUUGAACUACAAGCUAUUCGCUCAAAGAACCCAUUCUUCUUUUGCUACGAGUGCCUUAAGCAUUGUUACAAUGUAAUUCCUUGCCUCACCUGCAACGAAGCAUAUUAUUGUACUGAAAUAUGCAGAGCAAAAGCUUUCCAAAAUUAUCAUAAGUACGAAUGUUUAAUUUUGCCUUACGUAGAACAAUUGUUAGGAGUUAUUUAUCAUUUGUGGUUGUUUUCUUUACGAAUCACACUUUCGGCAAUGACCGAAGCGAAAAACGACGAACCGAUGUAUCGUUCUGACAGGUACAAAGAGAUUUCAGAAUUAGAAGGUCACAGCAAUGCAGAUCCACCAGAAAAAACGUAUGUUUUGGCUUUAUUCAGUGCUAACGCUUUUACAUUGAUUAAGGAAAAGACUAAAAUAUUUAAAGAUUUUGAAGUAUUUGAAGAAAAGUUUAAAGAUCUAUUUUUUUGGCAUCUACAAAUGCUUAAAGUAAAUGCUGUAGCAAUCACCAGUUGGCAUGCAGAUGAUAAGUUUUAUAGUUCCAUACAUGGGUCAGCGUUAUAUUCGUUAUACAGUUUAUUUAACCAUUCAUGUUAUCCCAACGCCUUUUGGAAUAAUAGUGGAUCCACGUUGGUAGCUCGAGCCCUUUUACCUAUUAAAAAAGGAGAACAGUGCUUCAUCUCAUAUGGCCCUUACUUCGCGGAUGAUGACAAAAGUGAACGACAGGAAAUACUUCAAAGGCAGUACAGGUUUACUUGUGAAUGUAGAGCAUGCCAGGAAAAUUGGUCAAAAGUAACGUUUUCUGCAGCCAUUGUCGAGCAAGAAGUCAUCAAACAAGUAAUUGAGACACUUACCAAAAGUGAAGCAAUCCCCCCUCCAGUAAAUAUAUUGAGUCUUCGUGAGGGGCUCAAAAGAGCUUACGAAAUUUUGGAUGGCACCUCAGCUUUCUUUUAGCGGGUACAGGUAUAUAAAUUUUUUGUAAAAAAUCUGAUUAUCUCAAAACAUUUUACAUGGAAAGUUAGAUAAACUGUCAAGUGUUUCCGUAAAGGGAGAAAAGUCUGUAUGAUCUCCGUAUUCACAAUGUUAGAGACAUUACUUUUUUUAGGAUCGUAUUUAAUUUACAUAUUACUUAAUACUAUAAACAGGUUAUAAUAGGCUUUGUUCUAAAAGAAAAAAUGGUUCUGUUGUAAGGAAAAGGAAAUUAUAGUUGUUGUCAGACAAAGUAGGAAUAAAAAUAUGAGCAAUAAUUUUUAGAUUCCUAGUGUGGUAUUCAUGGUGGCAUCAUAUCGGCAUGUAUCAUUUCAAGCCAAGUUACCAAAGAUAUUAAAAGAAAAGAAGAUGGAAAUUACGGUCCGUCCCAACCGGUCCCCUAUUAUAUUAAAAACAAGUAGAAAUAAACUGUGAAUGCAUACACUACAAAUUUUUUAAUAAUUAUUUAAGAAUACUUCAAGUGCCAAAAAUGCUUAAGUGCAGAAAGAGUGUAGUUAAAAAUUUACAAGUAAUCUCUACAGAUUGACGCUUCAGUGGACUGCAUAAUUCUAAACCAUUACGUCCGAAGGCACUUAUUGUAGUGUAAAUACAAGUGGAGUAAAAUCUAUACGGUCGGCUCAAGCAUGUGCAUUAAAUAAAGAAAUUAUUUUAUGUAAAUAUUAGCAGGUUUUUAUAUUAAAGUUUAGCUUCGAAUCAUAGAAAUAGGAUUUCGUAACAAUUACCAUUGUUACAUACAAGUUUCCCGCACAACUGUUUCUUGUUCUUGCCUUUUUUAAUUAAGGGAUUUAUUUAUAACUUAAAUGUUAUCAAUUAAUUGCUGAUAAAUGAUUGUAAAAUAUGUAGGUGAACUCUGCACAAAACUUAUAAAAUUUUGUUUCAUAAAAGUUGUUAAAUUUUUAGAGUUACAGAUUUAUCUGUUAAAUAUUACUACUGUUUUGACAAAUGUUACCAGUGAUAAAAUUUCACGUUUAUGUUAAGAAGGUUUUUCUAAUUUUAAAUAAAAGCAACGGUUAAGUUCAAGUUGUUUUCCUGAAGUCGACAUUAACAUUGCACUUUAGUGUACGAUUUUCUUGCUAUGGAACCUCCACGCACACAUAAUUUAAUGUAGGGGGUCGUCAUUAAAGUACAACUGUCACGUGAUCUGUCAUUUUACAUUAAUAUA